AUGCGGUCGUCACUCAAAUGUUUAUCAUUCUAUUUUAUUAUUAGUACUGCUCUACUUAAUCUUUACUUUUUUUCACAACUCCAUGUUGAACAGGCCAUUCAUAAACAAAAAAGUAAUCAUGAAUUUCUGGUACUUGAUUGGACUGCAAAGGCACAUAUAUUUAAAGAACAAGACCCUAUUCAUUGUGAUUUUUCUCAUAUUAAUCUCGAUUAUUGUCAAUCAAAAUUUCAUUCAAUUAUAAAUAAUACUCUUCAUUUACAUCUAAUUGAACGAUGUACUCAUCUAUCACGACUUACUGUUCGUUGGACAUAUGAUCAAUCAUAUUUAAAACAAGCUGAUCUUAUUGCAUAUCAUUCUAUUCAUAUGCCAACAAAUAGCUUACCAGUAUUAGUACGUAAUGAUCAGCAACAACAAUUUUCAAUGGUCUAUAUACUUGAAAGUGAAGUUCAUUCAUCAAAUGGUCAAUAUUGGCAUAAAAUUGAUUUUCCAAUGUGGUAUAAUCUUGAACGUUCAUAUCCUGCACCAGCCACUUAUUUUGAUCUUCAAACAUAUCUUGAUCAAUUAUUUGCACCUGUAAACAUACCAUUUUCAAAAAAGACAACAACUGCUCCAAUUGUUUGGAUUAUAACAAAUUGUAAUUCUUAUAAUGGUCGUCAAGUAUUUAUUCGAGAAUUAAUGAAGUAUAUUCGUAUUGAUUCAUAUGGUAAAUGUCUUAAUAAUAUCAAAUCAAAUAAUAUACAAGCACGUCGACAAUCGAAUUCUAUUUUAUAUUCAUCAUAUAAAUUUAUUAUUGCUAUAGAAAAUUCAAAUUGUGAAGAUUAUGUUACAGAAAAAUUAAUUGAUGCAUUAUCAUCAACAUCAAUACCAAUUGUUGCUAGUCGUAAUGGAAAACCAGAUUAUACACGUUUUGUACCGAAAUAUUCAUAUAUUAAUGUAUAUGAUUAUAAAUCAAUAAAAGAUUUAGCUAAUUAUUUAAAUUAUUUAUCAACAAAUGAAACUGCUUAUAAUGAAUAUCUUUGGUUUAGAAAAUUACCAGUUAAUAAAUAUGCGUCAUUAGGUACUAUCAAACGAACAUUAACUGAAAAUCUUCAUUUGGCAGAUGAAAUUUUAGGCGAACAUGCUACAAUGCGUAAAUGGUUAUUAAGUAAAGAAACUAGUGUUAAUAAAUAUUGUAAAUUAGCACAAUUUAUUUAUACAAACUAUUGGGAAUCGAUACAUAAACGAAAGAAAAUAAAUCGUCCAACAGCUGAUGAAGUUUGUUUACCUAAAAAUGAUCUAGCUACUUAUUUUCAAUAG